GGCAUCAGCAUUGCAUUUUUGGCUGGGAGGCACCCAUCAUUGCAUUCAAGCAGAAGCUGUUGUCUGCAGAAAGCCCCUUCCCACUUGAUUAUCAAAUUUCUGCUCAUCUUGAUGUGCUGAAAGAAAGAAGCCUGGAUCAAGCAAAACUCAAGCAAUUCAGUCACGAGCAACGAGAGCAUUAUGCCAUGUCUUCUGAGACGGGAUCGGUCAAAGAUCUUGUAAUGGGCUUUGUAUUGACAUCCAUUGAAACCAAGGCAUCUUUUUUUGAUAGUGUCUUUGAAGACACGCCACCCGAAGACUACUCUGGGCUGAUGAUGGGAAUUUUCAAAAAAGCCCUACAAGCUCUCCUUGGAGCAACGAAAUACAAUUCUGAUGCCAAGAGAAUUGUUGAAGAUUACUUGAGCGACCCAAGAAGACAGGGCAAAACUCCUUCUGAAGUUUGGAAGGACUUGCUUCACAAAAUGGCGGACAUCAAGUUUGCACCUUUCACGAACACAAAAAAGGCACCCAAUCAAGAGGCCACUGCAACAGCCUGUUGCUCUGUGUCUUCUGGUGGAUGCCCUCCUAACAGCAAACAACUUGCAAGAAGGUGGUGCCGUACUAGCAGAUAUAACUAA